CCUCCCAUUCAGUUCCAUCCCCAUUCUCUCUUUGAUUCUUCAUCCUUUUGGGUCCUCAAAUUCAUCGCCUUUUUCAUCAUCGGAUGACAAGACUUUAUGUUCCAGUGAGGACAUUAUCUCUUACAUAUGGAUGCUCAAGUUGGAGUCCUAGCCUAUAAUUUUUCAACAGUGUUUGGGAUUGGAGAAGAAAGGUAGAGAUUAUUUGCAUGAAAUAGAAUGCCAGAUUUAAGAAGUGGAGUUCGCCGGUCAAAGAGGAUCAAUAAUGUCCAGGAUACUCCUGCGGUUGUAGUUCCAGCUGCACGGGCUGGUCCAGGAAAAGGUAGGGGAAGAGGGUCUAGAGCCAUGAAUCAAGGUAAAAAUCCCAAGCUGUUUGGUGCUGGAGUUGGUGGCCAAGGGCAUGCAGGUUUGGAUUUGCCAAAAAGAGAUUUGGUGGCUGUUCCUGAUGAAUUGAUAGAUCAGAAAGGUGCACAAAAAUUGACUGCUAUUGAGGAUGAAGGGAGCAGUAGUCCACUUCCCGAAAGAGUACAGAUUGGAAACUCCCCCUUGUACAAGCUAGAUAGAAAGCUGGGGAAAGGGGGUUUUGGACAAGUUUAUGUAGGAAGAAGGGUGACUGGAGGAUAUGGGAGCUCUGGGCCUGAGGCAUUUGAGGUUGCUUUAAAGCUUGAGGGUCGAAACAGUAAGGGGUGCAGUCAUGGUCCUCCUUAUGAGUGGCAAGUAUACAGCUCUCUUAAUGGAUGUUACGGAGUUCCCCACGUUCAUUACAAAGGUCAGCAGGGAGAUUACUAUAUCCUGGUCAUGGAUAUGCUAGGCCCCAGUUUAUGGGAUGUUUGGAACCGGAAUCAGUUGCUGUCUGAAGAGAUGGUUGCUUGUAUAGCAGUGGAGGCAAUCUCAAUAUUAGAGCAGCUUCAUAUCAAAGGUUUUGUGCAUGGAGACGUGAAGCCAGAAAACUUUUUGCUUGGUCAACCUGGAACAGUCAAUGAUAAGAAGUUAUAUCUUGUUGAUCUUGGUUUGGCUUCAAAAUGGAAGGAAACAUCUGGACGUCAUGUCGAUUAUGAUCAAAAACCUGAUGUUUUCAGGGGAACUGUUCGUUAUGCAAGUGUACAUGCUCAUCUAGGCAGGACAGGGAGCCGAAGGGAUGACCUUGAGUCAUUAGCUUAUACCCUUAUAUUUCUCCUUAGAGGCAAACUUCCCUGGCAAGGUUACAAUGGGGAAAACAAAGGAUUUCUUGUUUGCAAGAAGAAGAUGGCAACUUCUCCUGAGAUGCUAUGUGUCUCAUGUCCGCCUCCUUUUCAACAGUUUCUUGAGUUGGUGACCAAUAUGAAAUUCGAUGAAGAACCAAAUUACUUAAAACUUAUUUCCCUGUUUGAUAAGAACAUAAAUGUGAAUGCCGCCCUUCGACCUAUAAGAACUGAUGGAGCUACAAAGGUUGGCCAAAAAAGGGGAAGGUUGUUUCUUGAAUCGGAGGAUAGUGAGCAACCCAGGAAAAAGGUUAGACUAGGUUGCCCAGCUAAUCAGUGGAUCUCAGUCUAUAAUACCAGACCGUCAAUGAAGCAAAGGUAUCACUACAAUGUUAUGGACGUGAGAGUGGAGCAGCACAUUGACAAAGGAAAAGAAGAUGGUUUGUAUAUUAGCUGUGUUGCUUCAUCUGCCAAUAUGUGGGCUAUAGUCAUGGAUGCGGGGACUGGUUUCACAUCCCAAGUUUAUGAACUAUCACCUGUUUUCUUGCACAAGGAGUGGAUAAUGGAUCAGUGGGACAAGAACUACUAUAUCACUUCACUUGCUGGCGCAGGCAACGGCAGUGCCCUGGUGGUAAUGUCCCAAGGCGUACCAUAUACUCAGCAGUCAUACAAAGUCAGUGAUGUAUUCCCUUUCAAAUGGAUUAAUAAGAAAUGGAAGGAAGGUUUCUCUGUUACCUCCAUGACUACCGCAGGUAGCAGAUGGGGCAUUGUUAUGUCCAGAAAUGCAGGUUAUUCUAAUCAGGUUGUUGAGAUUGAUUUCCUAUAUCCGAGCGAAGGCAUCCAUAGAAGAUGGGAGAAUGGAUAUCGUAUUACCUCAACAGCUGCAACAGAGGACCAAGCUGCAUUCAUACUUAGUUCACCCAAGAAGAAAUCACAAGAUGUGGCGCAGGAAACUCUCCGGACAUCUGUUUUUCCAACUACGCAUGUUAAGGAAAAAUGGUUGAAGAAUCUAUAUAUUGCAUCCAUCUGCUUUGGGAGAACAGUAUCUUGAGGCUCACCAAACCAUUAGAAAACUGCAAAGCGAUGUUAAAUGCAGGGGGAUUAUAUGUUUGGUUACGCAACAAAAUCCUAACAAAUUCAGUUCGGUGGAUUGUUGACUACACCCUUUUUCCGGCCUUAAGACGAUACAGCAAAGUCUGUGACAUGUCAAGAGAAGGCAGUUGCUUUCGUGUAUAGAUGGUUUCUGUAAGAACAUAUAAACAGAGGAGCUAAAAUGUACCAGUAUUCGUGCUGAUAAUAGAUGUUGUUCAAAAACGGAGGAGCCUGCCCUCUUCCUAUCUUAUAAUGGUUAUAGAGGGAUGCAUUCUCCAAUUGAAGAAUAACAUAAUCUCUUGGAGAGAGUUCACGUUUUCAACCAUGCUU